GCUACACUGACUGCUCCCAAGAAAACCGGCGACGAGCAUCCUCACCCGGCAGUUUCAUCCUCCAUCCAUCCUCGUCAUCACUUCUGCUGCCGUCAUUUUAACUCUCACGCUUUAACAAUUAAAACAACUCCGCUUCGUACAAAAAAGGCAACACUUGUGUACUGCGCUUUCUAGAAGAGUCUGUGACUGAAGGGCUCGGAGAUUAACGUGUCAGCUAAGCGGCUGCUGCUGCUGCAGGAUGGAGACGCAGAUACAUGUGCCCGUGGGCUCGCCGGUCAUUCGAAAAAUCUCCGUUUUCGUGGACGAACACAACGUAGCCGAGGGAGCAAUGAAGCUCAUUAAAGAACUGAGACCGACGUGGGAGCCCAGCCUCGUCAGGACUAAGCUCUUCACUGAUGGAACCACCAACAAGCUGGUGGGCUGCUACACAGAGGACAGUCCAGAUGAUGUAGUGCUGGUGCGAGUGUACGGAAACAAGACAGAGCUGAUUGUGGACAGAGACAAUGAGCUCAAAAGCUUUCAGGUGCUCCAUGCAAAUGGCUGCGCGCCUCGCCUCUACUGCAGCUUUCAGAACGGCAUCUGCUAUGAGUUCAUUCAAGGAGAGGCUCUGGGGACACAGGACGUCAGGGAUCCUUCCCUGCGCAGCCUGAUAGCCAGGGAAAUGGCUCGUAUCCAUGCCAUCCACGCGCACAAUGGCUGCAUCCCCAAACCCAACCUCUGGAUCAAGAUGAGGAAAUACUUCUCUCUUGUGGCCACAGAGUUCACCGAGCAAGCCUCCAACAUCAGGAUCCAGCAGGAGGUUCCCAGCAAGGCGGUGCUGGAGCAGGAGAUGGUGUGGAUGAAGGAGCAUCUCUCUAUGCUGGGUUCCCCUGUGGUUCUCUGUCACAAUGACCUGCUCUGCAAAAACAUCAUCCACAACAGUAAAGAGGGUCACGUUCGGUUCAUCGACUACGAAUACUCCAGCUACAACUACCAGGCCUUUGACAUCGGCAACCACUUCAAUGAAUUUGCAGGUAUGAGUGAUCCGGACUAUGGGCUUUACCCCACUCAAGAGAUGCAAAUGGAGUGGCUCACCGUUUACCUGCAGGCAUACAAACUCUUCACCAAGAAGACAGAGGAGGUCAGCCCAGCUGAGCUGGAGACGCUCUACGUGCAGGUCAACAAGUUUGCUCUGGCUUCUCACUUCUUCUGGGGCUUUUGGGCACUCAUCCAGGCUAAAUACUCCACCAUCGACUUUGACUUCCUUGGGUACGCUGUGCUUCGUUUCAACCAUUACUUUAAGACCAAACCUGCGGUGAUGGCCAUGCAGAUCCCAGAAUGAGCACAGACAGGAGGACAGGAUGAGGUGAGAGGACAAACUGGAUGGAGGCUGUAGCAGAAGGGACUUUCUCUCCACUGUGGGAACUGUUGUGUGUGAGCUCUCUUCAGUGCGCGUGUCAUCUUUGAAUCCUGCAGACUUUGCUCCACAUCUGUCACAACUCGAGCUCAAGAUAUAUACAACUUCCAUGAGUGGUCUGUGUGUAUGCCGGUGUAUGCUUGUGUACAUUUCUAGUUUAUGGGGAUAUCUAGGGAUGAGACUUGUAGGAGGUGACGGAUAAUUUGCCUUGUUUCAUCUUGAGCUCAAUGCCACAGACUCAUUUAAACUCCAAAGUGUGCAGCCAGGUCGCCCCUGUCUGAACAGAUCCGCCCACUUAUUCCUCCAUUUUUGGUGUCGAGUGCUUGCAGCUGCCAUAUGUCGUCCUCUGUCCUCACAUUGAUGCACUUUGAGCCUCUGUUAGUUUCUUCCCUAACUAUUCCCAGCAAACCGCUGCUGCUGCUGCUGCUGCUAAAAUAUAAAGUGUAAAUACAUUUUUCUAUAU